GUGAAGGCUAUGAAACUUAAAUACCUAAGCAGCAGGCACUCUCAUGAACGCACCGUUAGGUACCGUUACCGUAAUUCAACAUCUACGCAGCAAGCGCCAGACGUUACCAACUCAACGUGGUGGUACAUGAGUGAACUAAUCGUAGUCUGGCUAUGUUUGUUGAUUACCUGUUGCACGGUCAUGGUCAACUUAUCUGUUUUCCUGGGUUCAGCCUAUCAAAAGUUAUUUUUGUUUGUAAACACCAGCGAAAUAAUCACAACUAGUGCCUGUUAUCGCCCAAUCGAUUCAAAGACAUUUCAGCAUGUUUACUAUCGGGAACCCGUCCAGUUCGUUAGCACUACGCGAAUGAGCACAUGCUGCCUCAUUUUCACUUUGACUGUGCUCACGUAAGGUGCCAGUGAUCGAGCCAAUGGAGAUCAAUUGUUUUCCCAGCGAGGUGCUUUGCUGUAUAUUCGACUUUCUCACGUGGAAUGAUCGAAAGCGUGCCUCUCUGGUAUGUCGUCGUUGGAAUGGAAUCAUCAAUUCAGAUCGCUAUCUGCGUCAGUCCAAGUUGGUCCUGUACAACUAUACUAAAGUGCAAUUCUUCUCAGGAGUUGAAGUCGGUCUCGUCAAUACUCAAAGAAACAUAGAAUUUCACUCAAGCCCCAUGCUGGAUACAGACGAACUCCUAUCGACAAUAAACGAGGCCUUCCCAAGUGGCGAGGCGGUCGUUGAGUGUGUUGAUCUAUUCCUAAGAUCCGAUCAUGAGCAACUCUGCAACUUAGUGAUAGUGAAUCUACCAAAGCUCAAACAACUGAAGCGUUUGAACAUCUUAGCCAACGAGGGUUUUAAAACAUUGAAAAAAGAGCUGCUUCUUGAAAACGAGACCUUGGAAAUAUUGAAACUAUCGUUUUAUCAAAACACACCGUGCCAUCUUCAAACUCCAAAUCUCCGUUCGUUGGACUUAGUGAUAAGAUAUCCAAGUGAUAGCCAGCUGUUGUAUGCAGUUAGUCAUCAGCUGAAAGAGUUAACGGUUACCUUCCAGUCCAAAGACUUGGUUGCACAGCUGUUCACAUGCAGCUUCGAAAACCUGGAGAAGCUGAACAUUUCCAUUGAAAAUGAUAAAUAUCUACCAUACACUGUUUCGCGAGCUCCGAUCAUCUGCUGGCAUGAAAUUCAAGCGUUCAUAAAUUCAAUACGAGGCCUAAAAAGACUAGAAGUGGUGGACAAAUGUAACAUGCUUCGGCACAACUAUUUGAAAGUUUUCACGCACGCAGAAAACUUAGAAUAUCUUUCUGUUAAUUACAUAAUACUUGAUUGGACAAUAGUUGAAUUUGUCUCCGCCUUCAAAAACCUUCGCUAUCUAAACCUACGAGGAUGUUCAACUGCUGGAGAACCCAUUCUUCUGGAUUUACCCCAUCUUGAAGAGCUCCAGAUGCCUUACAAACAUUACGCCACGUUACCAUGCUCAAAUCUUCGCAAUCUGACGACGCUUACUUACAGCAGCUCGCAAAAGAAUCACGCUCAGUUCAUCCAUCAAAUCACCAAAACUUUCGCAAACUUGAGAACUCUGAAUCUAUUAAAUUUUGACUAUGAGCUAUCCUCAAACUCAUUCGAAUUCCUAGAUCACCUAACACUCCUGAAAACAUUGACCAUUCGAGAUAUGUCAGUGUCGAAUGAACUCUUCAUGAAAUGCCCUCCAUUACCGACUCUGCAGAAACUUGAGCUCAGAACUAUUGUGACGGAAAUCUCGCUGCUGGAUUGCUUUCCGGAAAAGCUCAAGCAUCUGUACAAGCUGGAUAUCCACAACUGUUUUUUCUACAUUUUCACCAACGAUGAAUCGAAAUCUUCCAUUACGUUCGAGCGAUUGAGAAAGCUAAUGCCUCGCUGUCGGAUAUCGACGAUUGACUCGACCGUCUUCACAAACGAGCAAUAUGACCAAAACCCGAUCUACAUUCCCGGCUGAAGAGCGAUGGUAUUGUGAAAAAAAAAAAAGUUUUUCGUUUGUUCUUCUGUAGAUUGUGUGCUGUUUGUUGUUCAAUUUCAUGAAUAGCUACUACGAUAACUUUGUGAUAACAUGUUUUAGAAGUAAUUUUUAAAGUGGAACAUGCAUUACUAAGUGAUGUUGUAGGUUUAUUCUUAGCUUAUGUGAGUAGAAUAGAAAUAAAAUUAAUCAUAUGUUCUUGUUUAGUCAUUAUUAUA